CAGCAACAAUCGCUACAGAAGUGACAUUUAUUGACGUUCUGCUGUAUUUACAGGUUGAACAUAGUAAAACUCCAAAGUGAAUGACCACUUGGCAGAAAGCACAGGAGUGCACAUUAAAUCUACAUUUCCAACGCAUCAGAGUCUCUGCUAACACAAAUUAUAAAAGCAAGAAUUACAGGUAUGUUAGGAAUUGUCUCAAAAGUCCCAAGCCAAAGAAAAAAGAAAGGCCUUUGUUUUGCAAGAUGGUUUUUAUACAAAGUUGCAACAUGAUCUUUCAGUUUUACACUACAGACUCGUUCUGUGAAAACCCCUGGAGAGCCCAAACAGUUGGUGGUGCGAAAGGAAAGGAUACUACAACACCGAGAAUAAAGACUGUUAAAAGUUAAUACUUGUGCCACCUCUAAAUUCCCAAUGCCACCUCCGAGUCUGGACUGCAGCGAGCUCUGUUCCUCCACAGGCCCCCAGUGCUGGGAUUGCAGGAGCACGGCCACCCUGCACUGCCACCCCAGCUCCAGAGCCACCCCCGACAGGACACGGGGGACAGGGACACACAGGGACGGACACGGGGGACAGGGAUGGACAGAGAUGGACACAGGGGACAGGGAUGGACACGGGACAGGGAUGGACACGGGGGACAGGGACACACAGAGAUGGACAGGGAUGGACAGAGAUGGACACAGGGGACAGGGACACACAGGGAUGGACACAGGGGACAGGGAUGGACAGGAGAGGACACAGAGCACAUGGAGAUACAUGGGCUGUACAGGACACAGAGCACACACAGACUGUCCAGGACAGGGUGACACUGCACAGGACACAGUGUCACACCCUGCACAGGACAGUGUCACAGCACAGGACAGUGUCACAGCACAGGACAGUGUCACACCCUGCACAGGACAGUGUCACACCCUGCACAGGACAGUGUCACAGCACAGGACAGUGUCACACCCUGCACAGGACAGUGUCACACUCUGCACAGGACAGUGUCACCCUGCACAGGACAGUGUCACACCCUGCACAGGACAGUGUCACCCUGCACAGGACAGUGUCACACUCUGCACAGGACAAUGUCACCCUGCACAGGACAGUGUCACACAGCACAGGACAGUGUCACACCCUGCUCAGCACAGGCACAGCUCCCAGGCUGGAGGAGGAACUAAAGCAAGCCUGGCCCCUGCUGGCCCCGGCUCGGCUCCCGCUGCCCAAGCACCACAAACUCGGGCUGAACGCCUUCAUCAGCACGCCACAGACUCACUGCAAGAGCUGCUUCAAACAUUAGCCACUAAUGAGUCAACAAUUACAGAAUUCUGCGUUAAUUAUUAA